UUACAUUAAAAGAGCAUUCCGUUGAUUUGGCGCAGCUUUGUGCACUAACCCAAGCGGCGCAGCCGCAGCAGAACAGGCGCAGACGGACGCAGCAGCAGCAGCAUCAGCAGCCAUGGCAGACGAAAAACCCAAGGAAGGAGUGAAGACCGAGAACAAUGAGCACAUCAACCUGAAGGUGGCAGGGCAGGAUGGAUCAGUGGUGCAAUUCAAGAUCAAAAGGCACACUCCUCUCAAUAAACUGAUGAAAGCGUAUUGUGACCGGCAGGGGCUGUCAAUGAGGCAAAUAAGGUUUCGAUUUGACGGUCAGCCCAUCAAUGAAACAGACACACCCUCGCAGCUAGAAAUGGAGGAUGAAGAUACGAUUGAUGUGUUCCAACAGCAAACCGGUGGCUCUUCUCAUUAAAGACUGUUUCUUACAAACAUCCCUACCUCCCCUUUUCAUCCCUGAACAUCUUUGUUAUGCCUAGUCUUCAAAUCUUCAUGACCAGUGUUGAUACCAUCCAGUGGAAUACUUUUACAAAAUGUUCAAAGGCAGCGGCAGAGUAAAUAGAUUUAUCCAUACUGUCGUUCUUAUGUGAACAUAUCUGAACUUUGCGGUGUAAGCUGCAGUGAGUCUAAUGUGCUUCAGAUAUAAAAAGCUUGCCAUUAUGAUAUUUUUUCUUGAGGUUCUAUAGAAAACGCCUUGGUCCUCUAUGUUUUUAUACUUAUGUCAUUGAAUUUCUGAUUCAGAUGGAAUUGUGUUCUUGUCAAGUAAGCCUGCAUUUUAAAUUCACAUCUGUUAUUAUGAACAUUUAUUAUUGGAAUAAAUUGAGCUUUUUUUUAAACAAAUGUCCCUGUUUUUUUAUGGAUAUGUCAGUAUUCUGAACAUGCACCUUUUAACAUAUAGAGUGCAAAUUACCCUAAACGACUUUACCAGAGAUUAGUAAAACAAAGUUAAAGGGUAAUUUUCAGGGUCUCUGUAAAGUGGUUUCAAUGUUUACACAUAGGUUGUUAGUUUGAAAAAUGUUAUUCCUUCCUUUUAUUAUAAUGCAUUAAACUCUGUAAGUCAGCACAUGUUGCUGCAAACAGGCCUGUCAUAGCUUCGGUGCCUGUUAAUUAUCACUUCUGCUAUUAAAUAAAGAAUCUUGCUUACAA